UGAAAAUCUCACAGGUGUCGGAGUCAGAAGUCCAGCGCUGUUGCUGCUUUAUUAUUUCCCUCAACAAAACGAACGGCUAAAGCGGAAGUUUCACUCGCGCGUGCGGUCAAGGUCCGAGGAAUAAAUAAGGUCAGAAGUGAUAGUCGCAACUCAAUUAAGUUAACUCACCGUAUUUGACCGGUUAAAGCUUUUAAAGUCGUUAUUCUGCUAUUCAGUCUGUUGCUGGAGUAAAGAGAGUAGUCUUCGUCUGCUGAAGACGCGUAUGAAUUACGUUCACCUUUAAUUUGUUCCGGAACUCAGCGAAUGUAAGGACAGACAACAGAGGAAGGUUUUUAAUUCUAAAGAGAUUCCAUAAACACCGAAGGGAAGUUCUAUUUCUGUGGAUUUUUUCCAGUCCUGCCAGAGCAACUACAGGGGUCUUCCAUAUGUCCCUGAAAAAUUAAUAAUAAUAUUCUGUAGGAUCAAUACAUUGUGGCUCAUCAGGUUUCUAUGCAGGGCGUUGGACAAAUUUCGUUGUACCGGAUCAGUUUAUUUUAAAGCGUGGAACACUGGAUGACACAUUGUUUUGCCACAUCUGUCAGGUGUUUUGUUGGACUUAAUUUGAAUUUUUGUUCUGCAAGCUGAUAACUUCGUGAUUUCGUCUAGCCUUUCAUGAACAGAUUUUUGAAAUUGCCCAGUUGCACAUCUUUUCUUAGGUGGACAAUAUUUUUUGUUUGUUGUUGUUCACUUAUGCAAAAAAAAAAACAACAACCCUGUGUAUUAGAGAAUUCACUGUAUAAUUAAUGUUAACAUACUAGGGGAUGAAUGAAAAUAUUUCUAUUGUUAUUAGCAAAGGAAUUCCAACACUUUAAAAAUACUGUAUUGCAUUGUAUUGCAAAUAUAUUUUAGGUGACCAAGAGCCACCUUGUGUUUCUGUAAUCAUCUUUUAUUCUUUUCCGUGCCACACCUUUGUGUUGCAGACACCACUGUUCCUAUUUGUUCUUCCAGAUCUUCCUGUCGCUCUCCACACUGUCCCACCACUAGUCCCAUCACACCCUCUCAUUUCUGUAUGCUCCACGCUCUUCUUAGUCUCCUUGUCUCAUCCAUAAAUUCAUCCUCUAUCCUUUUCCCUACUGGCCUCAUUCCUCAGUAGAUAUCUGUGGCUCCUUGGCUGUUCUUUUGUACCCAAACGCAGAUUUGCUUUCACACUUUAGCGAGUUUUUCUCUUAACUUUCACGCUGGCGGGCACCAUUCCACCUAAAGGAGAGGAGGACUUUCUAACGCUUGCUGCCUCCCGGCUCAGCCGUCGCAAGCGUGUCAUAGGAGCGGCCGUGGGUGUGGCCAUGGUUCUGAUUCUUCUGGUCACCAUCCCUUUACUGGUCCACAGCACUAAAGGAGGAGGAGCCGGCAACACGGGAAGCCAUUAUGAAAUGCUAGGAAGUUGUCGGAUGGUUUGUGACCCCUACACCACAUCUCACGGCCAGGAGCUAACCGCUGUUUCACCCGCACCUCCUGAUUUUCCAAACCGGAAAGGGAAGUCUGGGUAUCGGGGACCUCCAGGAAUCCCAGGACCACCUGGACCACGAGGACCACCUGGAGAGCCGGGAAAACCAGGUCCACAAGGGCCCCCGGGUCCUGGACCAGGUGGUUAUGUGCCGUCAUUCUACAGCCCUAAGAUUGCGUUUUACGCAGGCCUACGCAAGCAACAUGAAGGCACUGAUGUGCUCAAGUUUGAUGAUGUGGUGACCAAUGUUGGCAACUACUAUGAACCCAGCACUGGAAAAUUCACAUGCCCUCUACCUGGUAUCUACUUCUUCACAUACCAUGUCCUAAUGAGAGGAGGAGAUGGGACCAGCAUGUGGGCGGAUCUGAAGAAGAACGGACAGGUGAGGGCCAGCGCUAUCGCCCAAGAUGCUGAUCAGAAUUAUGACUACGCCUCCAACAGUGUGAUCCUGCAUUUAGACGUGGGAGAUGAGGUCUGCGUGCAGCUGGACGGAGGGAAAGUCCACGGAGGAAACACCAACAAAUACAGCACGUUCUCCGGCUUCCUCAUCUAUGCUGACUGACCUGCUCUACGCACUCAGAUGUACUGUGUACGAACACACACACACACACACACACACACACACACACACACACACACACGCACACACACUCGAACACACACUCAUGCAGUUACCUACACGCACCGAACAGGCUCGAAAGAAAUGGACGCGGUUCACACGGAGCAGAAGGGCUUCACAGACAAAACGCCAACCAAUUCCUUUCAUAAAGCAGGAGGAUUUCCGACACGCCGUUUGUAUGUGUGUAAAUUAUAACUAUCUUACAUUAUACACUACUCCCAAACCUAAAUUAAAAUGCAUAUAAAUAUAUGUCUAUAUCUAUCCUGGACAGUGACGCGCUCAUACUUUCACGUGUACUUGUUAGCGUACUUGUCUCCAUUUUGUGUGUCGGACAAAACCAGAGAUUCAGGCUCACUAGUCGACGAGCUGCAUUUACACAUGGCUGGACUUGAAAGAAAAUAAGUGCGUAAAAUGUACUUUUGAUUCAGGCGCAGCUGUAGCGUGAGACGGGCAUGUGUGUACGCACGCGCACACGUCGCAGGGGUAUCGAUUCGUUUAAGUCUUCUCGUUCGGUUCACGUGACUUAAAGUGACCGCUGCCUUUGUGGAAUCGGAAGGAACGUAAUUACGCACACAAUGGCUCGCUGCAACCCGAAAAGAUAGAUUUCCAAUCGCUCUUAAUAAUCUGGGCCGGGCUGGAACGUUAAUAUAUUGAUUUACGCUGAUAAGGCUCUUCGAUAUUCAAAUUUAAACCAGUACGAUGUUUAAAUCAAGGCUUGUUACCUUGUGUAAUAAAGUCUAAUAAAAGAUGUUACAAUGUAAAACCUUUAAAUCAAUAUGAAAACGUUACACCCGUGACAAAUAAGUAGCGACCUUUUUUAUACCAGCAUUACGUUAAAUUAUGAAUUAUUUAUAUACAAAUUGUAGAUUUAUUGAUUUUCAGGUUUAAGAGUGUAAUAGAUGAGCAAAACUGAAUUAAAGAGAAUAUGUAUUUGCAUUUCUACAUCACAUUUAGGAAGAGAAACAUGGCGGUCAAUACAUUUUCGCAGUGAUCAGUGAGUUUGUACGUGUUAUAUUUUAGAUUAUGUUUUUUAUGAAAGUUAAAGAUGUAUAAAUCAAGCUCCAUACACCUACCUGUUAUAUCAAGCUCAGUUAGCUUUAUAUUUUAUUUUAAAAUGCCUGAAGUAUGAAUGAUAGAUCUGAAAAAUCCCUUUUAAAGGUUAUAUAUAUAUAUAUAUAUAUAUAUAUAUAUAUAUAUAUAUUGUAGUACAGAUUCAUAACCUGUAUUGAUUUAUUGAUUUAUUUUAAAUACAGCACUAAGAAGUUGUUGAUCUAAGUCAAGCCAUGUGCAAAUACACUGAUACAAAUAUACAAAAUAACAUGUCAAAACAUCAAAAACAUUUCCCAUUCAUAAACAAUUCAAUAAUAAAUAAUAUUCAAAUAUCUCUGCCUCAUUUUUAUGUAACAUUUGUACAGCCGAACAUAGAAAACAUUGCGCGUUAGGUGGUUUGUAAUCAAAGCAAACAUUUUCCACUUUUUUUUUUUUUCAAAAGAAAGUACAUUUAAUAUCCUAUAAGCAUUUUAUUAUAGAAUUAUUUUUACAGUUUGUAGAAUUAUUUAUUUUCGCAUUUAGAGAAAGUAGGUGAGCAAAUGUUAAAUUCAAAGAAAUGAUUAAUUCAUAAAUGUUUUGCUAUCAAAAGACCUUCACGGCGAUUAAUAUCAUGCAUUCAAAUAUGAAUUAAGGUUGCUAUUUUAGGACAAAUCCUAAAUAACGAAAAGGCAAAAUGUUUGAAAUGAUAAAAUGCAAACUGAAUUUAAGCUUUAAUUUCUAAUCUAAAAUAAAUUUGUACAGCUGACUAUACAAAAACCCACAACAUGUUAGGUCUAUACUAAAAUAACAUUGCUUCUGUCAUGCAUGUUCUAUGAAAUGUUCUCAUUUCUAAUGAAAAUUCAGUGUCUUGGAGAGAGAGAGAGAGAGAGAGAGAGAGAGAGAGAAAAGAAAAACAAGCAAAACAAGAACAUCGACAUGAACAAUACUAGGAUUCUACCUGUGCAUGUCAGGGCUAAAGCGAAUAGAGAAUCCUUUAAUUAAAAGCGAGAGGUAAUGACAUUCCGGCCUUAAGGCUUUGGUGAAUCUGCAGCCUGUGGGAAUAUGUGGGGGAUCUCAGCGUGUCCGCGGCCAGCCUCCUCGCGCUCUCCUGCCAGAUUCCAGUUGAAAGUUAAUUGGACGGGGAGAGGUCUGAGGCGGCCUGCGCUGAGGCCCAUUAGUGAUUCCCCUGUCGAAUGCAGAGCCACGAGGAUCACAGACUCACAAAUAGGCAGAUUAAAAUAAUCAAUACACUUCACUUGCCUCCAACACAUUCGCACAAGUGCGCCCAGAAACAGACCUGCAUGCACAUCCACACAGAUCCGCGCAAAACGAAUUCAGUAAUUAGUGGAGGACCUAUUCACCGCUGGUGUAUGAUACUUGGCUCUCUGGCUCUCGCUCGGAGAGUGUAUGUGCUGUCUAAUGAGGGGGGAAUACUUCUGACUGCUGCCGAGCGGAGAGAGAGAAAAGGUCAGUGAGCUGUUGAUGGGCUCUUCUCGGCACACAAUGCAUCACGGGGUAUUUCAGCCAACCCAAACAAACCCUCAGAUUACAUCUCGUGUGAUGUUCUUUUAGCUAUAGAAAAAAUAAUAAGAGGUAUGUGAUCAGACACGAAGAUAUACACAGACUCGAACGUCAACAAAAAUAAGACGACAAACUUUAUAUAUGUGCAUUUUAAAUAUUUGUUCAUUUCUAAUGUAUUUUUUUCCAUUUAAUAAUCUUAAAAUCUAAUUUAACUGAAUUUUCAGGAUCAUUACUCCAGUGUUUAGUAUAACAAUCCUUUUGCAAUCAUAAUGAUGAACAUUUUUACUGUUAUAAAUAUUGAAAACAGUCAUCCUGCCUAAUAUUUUUAUAGAAACAGAGGUAUGUAUAUUUUUUUCUUUUCUGUUUUUAUUUAAAAUAUAUUUUAUUCACUUAAAAUCACUGUUUGUAUAUCAAAAAAGUCAAUUUUAAUAAAUUUAGUAUUUGAAUAAAAGUAUUCAAAACUGUUAACAGUAUUAGAUAUUCGUGUACAGGUAAUGAAAGACGCAAAAAGUAACUAGUUAUUAUUCUUUUUACAACUGAAAUGCUUUAAAUUAAAAAAAAAAAAAAAAAAAAAAGUUGAGUAUGAAAAAACAGGUUUGUAAAACCCACUAUGUCCGUCUGCCUGAGAUUUGCCCUUAUAAGCAAUUGAGACAAAUGAGUCCCAAAGACACUAAACAUCUUAGUGCCAACAACAUUUACCUUUAAUUUAAAUCACUGACCUGAAACCAAAUAGUGAUCAUUUGAAUUUCAUUAGUCUAACUGCAAAAGCAGUUCAGCAAUUUGCUCUAAUUCCACUUCAGACAGCUUGGUUUUUACAAUUAACCACAAUCAAUUAAAGCAACCGAGGGUGGAGAGUUCAGCUUUCAAGUGGAAAAAUACUGCCAUCUAUCUGCAAACAGGAGAGAGGCAAGUUCAACUUCCUUAAAUUUACAACUACAAGCGUUUUUAUGCACUUUCCAAAACAAAAGAAAGACCAGUCAGUCGGUUUCUGUUUAAAAUGUACUUUAUUGGACAGUGAGAACAUUCCAAAUUAAUUAAAAUGUUAUUGCAUUUCUGAUCCAUAAUUUCUCAAUUUGAAAAAAGUUAACUUAUUAUGAAAAGGCCAAAAAUAAAAGUCUGGCCAGACACGACAUUUCUACUACAGCACGGUCCAGCAGAGAUGCCUGAGGAUACACUGGAUAUUGCAUACACACUGCUAAUGUGCUGUAUCGAGAGGUUUUAUUGCAGACCAGUCAGCACGCAAGAGAUCUUUUUCAUAUCGCUAUAUGGUUUGAAUACCACAGGACAGAAGGUGGACCUCUCGGGGAGUCAAAUGGGAACUUAAAGAAGAUAAAGGCACUUCUAAUAAUAAUACCCAAAUGAGUGCAAACACAAGCGAAGGACUGCAGCCAUUAAGCAAAUGAAGGUGACGGAAUGAAUAGGAAGAAAAAAAAAAUACAUAAAGAAAUUAUUACACAGAAAAGAAGACAAACGAAUGAGUUGUGGUCUUUAUCUUCAACCGCUCAUGACCAUGCGGACGAGUUCUGCAGAAAAAUAACAAAUAAAACAAAGUUAGUUUACAAUUUGUGCCAAAAAGGGAAUUGACCCCAACUACAGCAUGCAGCACCAAAAAAUAAAAAUAAAACUAUAAAUAUAAAAAAAAUAAAUGAAGUUCUACUGACAAAAUCCAAAUUCUUUUAAACGAUAAUUAAAUAUAUAAAAAAUUGCUAUCAAAUUAUUAAAAAUCACAUGCAAAAUAAGUGUUUGCAUAUGUAUUUUCUGUGUAGUCAUGUAUAUAUGAAUGCACACACGUGAAAAUAUUUACAUGUCUGUAUUUGUAUAGCUUAUAUUAUAAAUUAAUUUAAUAGGCAAUUUUCGUAUCUCACUGCAAGUGCUCACGCAACCUCAUCAACCCUUCAACAUCUGCUGUAGUUGGAAGCCGUUCCCCAGUUGUACUCGUUCAUAAGUGUUGAGAAACAGGGCGAGAGCAAGAUCAUGGCUAGCUCCUACUAAACCACAGCUCAAAGACUUAACCAGGUCUAGGUUUCAAGAAAAUGUUAAAAAAGCUCCUUCUGGUUUUCCUCUACAGGGCAAGAGUGGAAAUGGUUUUUAUAGCACAGCUACAGUAAUGA